UUUAUAGAGGAAGAACCAACAGAAGAACCAACUACUACAGAUGCUCCUAGCACCACUGAAGAGUUGGUUACCACUACAACAACAACAACAACGUUAAAACCUACGACAACAACUUUGCAGCCAACUACAACAACUACCACUUUACAACCCACAACAACAACAACUACAGCUGAACCGAGUACUACUACUACAACAACCACUCUUCAACCUACAACGACCACAACCACUCUUCAACCGACAACAACUACUACUACAUCACGACCUACUACAACUACUACAACUCAGUCGAGUACAACAACCACGACUCUUCAACCAACAACGACCACUACAACAUUGCAACCUACCACGACAACAACAACUAAGCCCACAACAACUACCACAUUAGCGCCUACGGAACCUCCUGCAGAUACAAAGUACAAAAGUACUACAAAUGUCCACUUUUCGGAUUUGAUAAAAAAUAGCAAACUCGUUAAUGCAAACAGACCUCCUGGAAGUAUAAACGGUCCUGUUGGAUUUGGAUGGGGUGCCAACUUUACAAAAAACUUAGAAAAUGAAGAAAUUUGCCUGAAAAUUGAUAGUUUUCAACACGAAGAUGAGAAAUGUUGGCUCAAUCCUUUACAUUGUGUAAAUGGUAUAAGCAUUUCUAUAUGGGCGAAAAUAUCAUAUAUAAGAACAGAUGAUGUACCUCGAUUCAUACUAAGUACAGGAGGAUACGAUGAUGGAAGUCCCGGAUUAUCUAUAUAUUACAAGGGAAUUUAUCUGUAUGGUGUCGUAUGUACAGGAAAUGAUACAUGGGUUGCUUUUGGUGCCGGUUUAACUCGUAAUUACACUUGGAAUAAUAUUGGAAUAAUUUGGAGUAAAAGUAAAGGAUUAGGUUUAUAUGUUAAUAGUAAGAGAGUCGCGUAUGUUGUUUAUCCUGAAAAAUCGACAGCUAAAGAAAGCAUCACUCCGCCAUUACUAACAAUCGGAUGUAGGAGAAAUGAUUCUUCAACUUUUAUUGGAUAUUCAUAUGGGGAAUACGACGAAUUAGCAAUAUGGAAAAAAGCUCUGGACGACAAAUCGACCGAUUAUUUCUUAGGAGGGACAUCUUGUGAUCCCGACCUGCAUCCUUUAUCUUGCGAAACAAAUACUGAUUUAUUACUGAGCAAAUUCAACGAAGUCAAUUUGAACGAUCCUGUAGCGUUAGGAAAGUCAUUAAAGCAUCUGAAUAAAGUGUCAGCAAUCUUAAAACAACCUUCUUCUUCUUCGGGCAACCUUACAGAUUCUGAAAAAUCUGAAAAAGAUGAGAAAGAUGGGAAAAAAUCGAAGACACUACAGAAUUUAGUAAAACUUUUAAAGAAAAUUUUAAAAAGUACAGGAGAUUCUACUGAAAAGAAGUUUUCUCAAACUAGAUCACUUAUUCAGGAAGUGGAAAAUUUGCUGAGUAAUUUGUUUUCGCCAUCUGAAAUCGAUUCGUGGAAGGAUUUUCAAAAGAACGACGAAGAAGCGACUAAAUUAGUAAACGAUUAUCAUAAUUGGUUAAUGAAGAAAUUAUCUCAAGUGAAUGAAGAUAAUACACCAGUCGACGAGGAUUAUGCAUCCGACAACAUAGUUACGAGCGUUAAAAAGAUGAAGUUAUUCGAAUUAAUGGAAGGAAAUGGAAGAUAUAUUUAUUAUCCUAAUUACUUUAAUCAAUCGGAUGUUGAGAUUCUAUGGAAUGACACAACUGAUUAUAUACGAAUUCCAACAGCAAUUUUUGGUUCCAAAAAUGACAGUAGUAUCAAUAUUUUGUCCACUAUUUAUGAUACCUUUCACAAGAUCGCUCCUCUCCAAAACUCUGUGACGGGUCGAGAGACAGAUUUAGUAUAUUUGGAUAGCAGAGUCAUUAAUUAUUAUGUUAAUCCUUAUGAUAAAUCUUUUCUACUGAAAGAUCCGAUAGUUGUCUAUUUAGAACACGAACAAAACAGGAUUUUAUCUCGACAAUUAUUAAGUGAAAAUACUCAAAUUAUUCCUAAAAGUAAGAUCCAUAAACGAUUUUGUGUCAGAUGGGAUCCUCUAAUGAAAUUUAAACGUUCAUCAUUGCGUGGUGGUUGGAGCACAGAAGAAUGUGAGGAAUUAUUCACACGCGAUGAUUCCACGAAAUGUCACUGCAAAGAAUUAGGAAUGUUCGCUAUAUUAACGGUUUUAGAAAAGCCAUUUUUAUAUUUACUGGAAGAUUCCAGGCCAGAAAGUCAAUGGCUGAGAAUCGUUAAAUGGAUUGGUUAUGAAGUUUCGGCUGUUCUUUUAAUCAUAUAUAUAUUUCUAAUUAUUAUCAGAAAAUCACUUCAUGAUCAAUUCCAUCUGAUUCGCCUUAAUACUUCGAUUUCCGCUUUGGCUGCUUUAAUUUCCUUUUUUUGUAUAGAUUUUAAAUGGCAGGAUAGAGCAUCCUGUCGUGUACUGUCAGGUUUUGCUCAUUUCUUUUAUAUGGCCCUAGCAACGUGGUUAGUGGUAGAAGCCCAUGCCUUGUUUGCAGCUAUUAUCAUGGGUGCAGUCGGAGGAAGAAUCAUUUGCUACCUUUUGAUUGGAUGGGGUAUACCAGCCAUAUUAUUAGGUACUUUUAUAGGAAUGUAUUCAAAUUAUGGAGAAGAUUAUAGGUGCUUAGCUGGGCCUACAACAGAAAUGAGAUGGAGUUUCGUAGGACCAAUACUUGGUAUAGCUGGUCUUGCUCUAUUGUGGUCUAUGAUUACUAUUUGUAAUUUAAAUACACCUGCGAUAACAGUGGGUGCAGCGGUAGAAGAACUUGGAGCUGCAACUAGGGGAUUAUUUUCUGUUUCUUUUGUAUUUGAAGUAACAUGGGUAUUUGGAAAACUUGCAUUUGUUGAUAUCAAUGUACACAAUACUCAUAGUUUUGAUUAUCUCUUUCAAAUUUUAAACUCCUUUCUGGGCGUGUUCAUUGUAUUUCUAAUGGGUUUUGGAUCUAGACAUUUUCGUUAUGGAGCUAUAACUAGUGUUUCGCCUGAAAUGCCAACUCCUAUUCGGGUAAUCCAUCUUCUUUAUUCUUUCAACAUCGUCCAUUUGUCAAAACACAGUCGUAAUAUGACUCAUUGACGUCAGAUUCGUUCUGUGACGUUAAGAUUUGACC